AUGGAGAAAGGUAAAGUAACUUUUUGCACUGAUCUUGAGAAGUCUGUGAUUAUAAGCAAUUUCGAAAGACGGGGUUGGGUCCAAGUUGGACCUGAAGAUGAAUGGAACUUCUACUGGUCUUUCACUCAAAAUUGUCGCAACAUUUUCAGUAUCGAAAAUGGUUACAGAAUGAAUGACAAUCAAAUAAUAAAUCAUUUCCCAAAUCACUACGAACUUUCGAGGAAGGAUUUGUUGGUAAAGAACAUUAAGAGAUAUCGCAAAGAAUUGGAACGUGAAAGUAAUCCCUUAGCGGAAAAAACUGAAAUUAUGUUACCUAACGGACAAACUGCCACGCGCUAUUUACACUUGGAUUUUAUUCCCGUCACUUACGUUCUACCGGCUGAUUAUAACAUGUUCGUUGAGGAAUAUCGCAAAUCUCCCCAGAGUACUUGGAUUAUGAAGCCCUGCGGGAAAUCUCAGGGCGCGGGCAUUUUCUUAAUAAACAAACUUUCAAAACUAAAGAAGUGGUCCCGUGAAGCUAAAACACCUUUACAUCCGCAGAUAAGCAGUAAGGAAAGUUACGUUAUAUCGCGUUACAUCGACAAUCCCCUUUUGAUUGGGGGCAAGAAAUUCGAUCUAAGAUUGUACGUUUUAGUAACUUCGUUUCGUCCUCUAAAGGCUUAUUUGUUUCAACAUGGCUUCUGUAGAUUUUGUACUGUUAAAUACGACACAAGCGUCACCGAAUUAGACAACAUGUAUGUUCAUCUGACUAAUGUGAGCGUGCAAAAACAUGGCGGAGACUAUAAUAAUUUGCAUGGUGGUAAAAUGAGUAUACAGAAUUUUCGCUUGUAUUUAGAAGGUACUCGAGGUCGCUCAGUUACAGAGAAACUAUUUGCAGAUAUGCAAUGGCUGAUUGUCCACUCCCUAAAAGCUGUGACCCCUGUAAUGGCAAACGAUCGUCAUUGUUUUGAAUGUUACGGAUAUGACAUCAUUAUAGAUAACGCGCUUAAACCGUGGCUUGUGGAGGUUAAUGCGUCCCCAUCUUUGAAGUCGACUACACAUAAUGAUAGAAUAUUAAAAUAUAAGUUGAUCGAUAACAUCGUCUCUGUCGUUGUGCCUCCAGAUGGGAUACCGGAUGCGAGAUGGAAUAAAAUUCCGAGUAACGAGGCUUUAGGAGACUUCGAUGUCUUGAUUGAUGAAGAAUUAAUUGAGAAAGAAGAAGCUCCUCCACGAUGCAAUAGAUUUAAUCGAUAUAGAUCGUAA